AUUCGGAACUUAAAUUUUCAGAAACUCUUCUGUUUGAAAAUGCCCAGCUUCCAAGAGACUAGCAGUGGUGUCGGGAAGGUUCAGCUUAUCCUGGGGCCAAUGUUCUCUGGGAAAUCAACUGAACUAAUUAGGAGGCUGAAGAGAUAUCAGGUUGCAAAGUACGAAGUGCUGAUUAUCAAAUAUGCCAAGGAUGUGAGAUAUGACGAAAAUGGUAUUUCUACCCAUGAUAGACAAACACUGCCUGCCGUAGCAGCAACUACACUUAAACCUUUGACUGCUAAGGCAACGGCCUACGACGUCAUAGGUAUCGACGAGGGUCAGUUCUUCCCCGACAUAUCCUGGGUAGAGGAGAUGGCUAAUAUGGGAAAGAUUGUAUUGGUCGCAGCAUUGGACGGAACCUUUCAACGUAAACCUUUCUCAAACAUUAUGGAUCUUAUCCCACUAGCAGAGGGUGUUACUAAACUUAGUGCUGUUUGUAUGAACUGUUUCGGAGAUGCAGCUUUUACUAAACGUACUUCACAAGAGGAAUCAUUAGAGGUGAUAGGUGGGGCUGAUAAGUAUAUGGCGGUGUGUAGGAAGUGCUAUCUUUCUCCUGUUCAGGUUGCUACUAGUCCCCGUGAAUACUUGAAGACCCAAGAAGUGAAUGAAUGUUCUCCUCCCAAGAAAAUGCUCUUCAGUCCGGGUGCGGAGAAACUUGGUCCUUAUGCUGCAUAGAGUUGUAUACAGUUUUGUGCAGUUUAGAUAUUUGGUUCAGACGCUACAAGCAGUUCAGUAAUUUUAUUCGAACGGACUCGGUUCCGACUGAUAUAAGUAUUACUCAGUGCUUUGACUUAGUAUAAAUAACAUAGAUCUAUAGUAAUAUGCAAUUAUUAGAUUAGCAAUGUUUAUAACUAUUUCUGAAGACAACAAAUUUUCGCAAAUGAUUAAUUUUUGAUCAAUUUGCUGAUUAAAACCCUGGAAAGAACCUUUUGAAAAUUAAAAAAAUGUUGAAUUGUUUAUUUUUGGACCCUUAAUUUUAUUGAAAUUAAAAAUUAUAAAUGUUUUUUGACCGAUCUUUUACAAUGGAAAGAAUACGCUUAUAGACUAAUGUACACUGCAAAUUGCACUACUGUACAACUUGUACCUGAAUCUGAACUGUACCUGUUUCAGA